CGGGUGAAUUUGUUGCUUUUUAGAGGGGCAAUGGAUCUGUACAUGCGUGAGGUGGCGAGGGGCGUGGCCAGGGGGCGGCUAGCAGCGUGUGCCACCAGGGAAAAGUGUAUGAACAUAAAAAAAGGCGCCUGUCAAGAAAGGCACAGAUGCAGCGUGGUGAGGCAGUGUUCAUCCCAGGGGCACACCACACAGGGUCAGCAACACAGGUGGUGGUGGAGAGGCACCUGUGGGAUGCCCAGGGGAACACCAAACACGACCUUGACAGACAGAAGUUUAUUGGUGAAGUGUGAAAGAGGAGGAAGGAACAAUGAUAUUCGACCAACUGCGGCAUCUGGGGGCUUCACUUGACUGGGACAGCUGUGUUUACCAUGGAUGCAGCGAGAGGCUGGCCUGUGUGUCUGUCUGUACAUCCUGACGGAAGCAUUUGUCUGUCUGUACGAUGCUGGGCUGGUGUACCGCAAGGAGGCUCUCGUCAACUGGUGCUGCAGCUUUCAGUCGGCCAUCUCGGACAUUGAAGUGGACCACCUGCACCUGACAGGACCCACGGAGCUCGCAGUCCCGGGGUACAGCAAACCGGUCAGCUUCGGAAAGAUGUAUGACUUCGCUUACAGACUGGCAGACUCAGGGUUUGCUGAGGUUUGAGGCGCGAGGGGCAGUGCCGUCGGCCCUGUCGGCACUGGGGCUGUACAGAGGGUGCCACGCCCACCCCAUGACGGUGCCUCACUGCAGCAGGACGCAGGAUGUCACUGAGUCUGUGCUGAGGCCCCAGUGGUUCGUUCGGUGCAAGGAGUUGGCACAGGAGGCGUCCGAGGCUGUGCAGAGCGGCUGUCUGAACUUGGUGCCACAGCUGCACAGGAGGGCUUGGCAUAGCUAGCUGGACAACAUCACAAACUGGUGUGUCUCCCAGCAGCUCUGGUGGGGCCACAGAAUGCCAGUGUACCACAUCACUGCAGCAGAUGGCGAGGAGGUGUGGGUGGCGGCUGCUCGGAGGAGGAUGCAAGACGGAAGGCUGUGGAGAAGGAAGCAGGAGGAAGAUCUGGACACCUGUUUCUCCUCUGGCCUGUUUCCCUUUGCCUCGCUGGGCUGGCCGGGUCAGGGGAGGGGAGAGACCAUGCCUGACCUUGCUCGCUUCUACGCAACGACCUUGAAGACUGGUCACGGCAUCCUCUUCUGGGUGGCUCAGGUGGUCAUGCUGGGACUCGACUUGAUGGGGAGGCUUUCCUUUGAGACUGUGCUGCUGCAUGGCCUCCAGGGUGAUGGUGGCGGCCACAAGAUGUCCAAGUCCUGGGGCAGUGUGAAAGACCUCCUGGAUGUCAUCAGUGGGGCAUCCCUGGAGGCAUCCCAGAGUGUGGAGCUGAUGCCCUUCGGUCCACCCUGUGCUCCACCAGGUUCAAGAGUCAUUGUGGCAUAGAUAGAUGUGGGUGACUGUGGUGCUUUGAGUCUUGUGUGGAGUUACAAGGUAGACAACGAGACGCUCACACCACCAGCUCCACAUCAGUUCACAGCUGGCCUCCACGCAGUCCAGACCUCUCCUGCUCCAGUUAGUUUUUCACCUUUCACCGACUUUUUCCACGUAGCCUGGUAAGCCUUCACCUUCCGACGAACCGUCCCUUCUUGGUGGAAGUAACAUAUAUGAUCCAUGGACAUAUAUUGUUCGCCUUGUGUGUUUGAAAGGCUUUUAUGUGACACGGUACUGUUUCUUUUUGUUCAGACCGAUGUCGAACCAGAACGAGGCUCACGGAACGCCAAGGCGUUCGUCAUCGUCGUCCUCUGAGAAGAAGAGACGUGAGAAAGACUCUGUGCCUUUACCGGCCAGUAAAAGGAGGGCCACCCAGGACACGGGAGUGAAGGACGGCCCGAGUCAACCACGGCCCGAGUGUGGUUCACCACCAGCUGUGGCCGGCCCAAGUCGCGCCAACACAACAACCGAGUGCUCGUCUGGCGGUGAAACUAUCAACCGGCUAUCUGCAUUGUUGAGUGAUUUAAUUGAAAAACUCGACAAUAACCCAGUACGGGAAGAUGAGCCUUACGAUAACUGUGAAAAUAUUCGUGGCCUUCAUGACAUUUCCUCGUCUGAGGAAGACGCCACAGUAAAUUCAGUGGGUUUGCUUGACCCUUUGGAUGAACUGGACACGUUCCACUCCAUGCCUGCGUCCCAAGACUGUGAUGAGGUUGAUUUUCUUAAGGCAUUAGGGGAAUUCUCAGGUCUUUUCCAUAGUGAGGAACAGAAAGGAGAGCCCCUCUCUGAGCGUUUGGCCUCCAUCCUGAACUUGAGUUUGAGACGUCGACCGUCCGCUGAAGGUAUAAAAUCUACUUGUGAAAAAAUCAAGCUCCCAGGCAAUGUGCCAAACCUAAAAGUUCCGGUGACCAACGCUGCUGUUUCCAAAACGAUGAGUUUUGGUGGAAAAUUGAUUGACGCCAAGCUUACUCAAACUAAUGGCCUGAUCUCAAAAGCUUUAGUUCCUAUUGCACUGUGCAUAAGCGAUAUCGGGGAAAAGAAAGGAAAAAAUAUAAAUUCAUACUUAGAUGGACUAAACAUGAGUCUUAGGCUGCUUUCCUCUGUUAUUAAUUACAUUAAUCAACUACGGAAAGAAGUUGCACGGCUCCAUGUUCACGACUCUGCCUUGGCUGAGCUUUGCAAGUGGGAGUAUGAGGUUGGACAAGAUGCUCUUUUUCUGUUUGAUGUGACUAAGAAAUGCAAGGAAAUACAUAAAACAAAGAAACUGGGAAGGCCUACAUACCGUCCUUACAAGUCUUCUUGGAGGAAGUAUGCUUCAAACAAGCAAACUAGGCGGCCCUAUCAGGUUUCCUCGCAUUCUCGGCUACAUAACCAGCCAAGGCCUUUUUUAGGCCAGAAGCAUCCCCAGGGGAGAGGGAUGCAUUUACCAAAACUCCACCAAUAAGCCACCCCAGGGUGAGUACUGUUGUACCCCCAAUGAUUAAUACUCCAGAUAAUUUUAAGGGAGGUAAAAUUUUUUAUGCCAGUUCAGUAUGGGGAUCACUCACAAAGGACAUUUUUAUUCACAAUGUGGUACAUGGUAAAUUUCUGGAUUUUGCCAGUCUACCCAGCCAGAAUAAUCCACCUAGCCCUUUGAAAUUGUCAACGGCUGAUAGCCAUGCCCUGGAUAUUGCUCUUUCAUUGUUCCUUAAACAACAAAUAAUUGAACGAUGUGAGCCAGAGAAGCAUGGGUUCUUUUCUAAUGUGUUCCCUAUUACUAAAAUUGACGGUACUACUAGAGUCAUCCUCAAUCUCAAGGAACUUAAUAAUCAUAUUACUCAUA